UGUGAAAGCGCUCAUUAUGACAUGGUUAAGAUAAUUGCUGUACAUUAUAAGGAAGAAAGUGGAUAUCUUCUGCAGAGGAGAGUUGUUUUGACUGAUUGCUUGUUCAUUGAGCUGAAUGCCCAUGCUAUUAUUACCUAGUGGCAGGUCAGGCUGUUAGUAAAGGUAUGCUCCACCUCAGGGAGUGCGUGUUAAGCCCAUAGGCCUACUCUGUACAGCUACGCUAAAUAUCACGCCUGUCUCUAUAUGUAUGCGCGUGCAGUUUUAGUUAGACAUUUGACCUGAUUACCCACACAGACUCCCAUCAUAUGUUUGUUUCCAUAUUUAGGAGGCAUCCAGAUGCGGCCGUCGCGCCACCCCUCAGUGUACCAACACGGGGUUUCAAGUGUAGCCUGUAACGUUACUGACAUUCAACACUCAAAUCUUGGAAAGUCACUAGCUGCAGUACAGGUUGCCAGCAGCGCUUAGUUCAUGAGAGCAGUAGUGCUUAGUGCAUCACCGCUGUUUAGAAUAACUCAUUUGUUGAGUUGGUCUCAUUGAAAGUGAGAUUCUCUCCAAGCUGGGCAAGUUGUGAAGAUUAUUGUGGAAGGAUGUGCUGGUUUGUGAUCUCCUGCAAUGAGUUAAGGCAUUGGAUAGUGUGACCCCGUUGGAACGUGCCUUCUCCCCAGAGGGCCUUACAGAGAUGUGGAACGAGAUGGUGAAGGAUGAGGAGAUCGUCUUCGACGGUGAAGAGUCUGCUCACCCAGAGGACUGCACCUACUGCCUGGGCUCCCAGAAGAAGGAUGAGGCCAACGACCGGGAGAAGAAGGAGGACGAGGAGGGGGGGUCGGGGACGGCAUCCGCGUCACCCGUCCAUCACUCCAUCAUCGAGAUGUGGGACUGGGGACAGCAGCCAGAAGAGACGGAGCUGAAGGACUGUCUGAUGGUGCUGGUGGAUGACCAGCAGAAGUUGUCCUCGGUGACGGCCAAGAGCACGCUGUCGGCGCGGCGUCUGAGCCAGCGGCUGGUGAUCCUGGAGCGCUACCUCAUCUCCCUCACGCACAGCAUGAUGGACGAGAAGUACAAGGUGCGCUGGAAGAGCCCCCCCACGCCACCCGCCCCCGCCGUCGACAACAAGAGCACGCGGCCGGUCAGUAAAGGAGUGGAGGGCUUGGCCCGGGUGGGUUCCAGAGCGGCCCUCUCUUUCGCAUUCGCCUUCCUGCGCAGAGCCUGGAGGUCAGGGGAUGAUGCUGACCUGUGUAGUGAGCUGCUUCAGGAGUCCCUGGACGCGCUGCGUGCUCUCCCAGAGGCCACGCUGUUCGACGAGGGCACCGUGUCCUCCGUUUGGCUGGAGGUAGUGGAGAGGGCCACCAAGUUCCUCAGUGAUGUGCACAGCAGUGCCAGUGCCAAAGGGCCCAGCAACAUUCCCCUCCAGGAUCAGCACCUGGCCCUGGCCAUCCUGCUGGAGCUGGCGGUGCAGAGAGGCACGCUCAGUCAGCUGCUGUCUGCGGUGCUGCUGCUGCUGCGCCUGUGGGACAACGGGACGCGGGAGAUGGACAACGAGCGCUCCACCCAGGGCACCAGCGCCCCUCUGCUGCCCUUCCUCCAGCGCCUCCACAACAUCUACAGCAGCAAGGACGAGCCCGCCCCCGAGGAGGAGGAAGAGGAGGAGGAGGAGAUCCUGUCUGCUCCGCUGAGCCCCAACGAAAGCUUCCUCCGCUACCUGACGCUGCCCCAGGACAACGACCUGGCCAUUGACCUGCGCCAGACGGCUGUGGUCAUCAUGGCCCACCUGGACCGCCUGUCAUCGCCCUGCAGCCCCCCGCAGUGCAGCUCCCCCACCUCCAGCAAGGAGGACCAUGGGGACAUGCAGGGGAGCCUCCAGGAGGUGUUUGGUUGGGGUCUGAUCGGCUGGAAGCCCUACGCCAAUGUGAACGGCCCCAUCCAGAGCAAGGCCCUGUCCAACCUGGGCGUCAGCCAGAUCGUCUGCUCCGAGAAGGGCUUCCUCAUCCUGGCCAGCACUGGGGCCGUCUACAUGCAGAACUACAAGAACACCACCCUGGCUCCAUUGCUGGUUCAUGCCUUGACGUCGCGUAAGAUCGUGAAGCUUGCCGCUCACCCAGACGGGCAGCACUACCUGGCCCUGUCAGCCAAUGGAGAGGUCUUCUCCUGGGGCUGUGGAGACGGAGGCCGCCUGGGGCAUGGAGACAGCACCUAUGUGGAGGAGCCCACGGUGAUAGCGGCGUUUGCGGGGAAGCCGGCGGGGAAGCAGGUGGUGCACGUGGCCUGUGGCAGCACCUACAGCGCCGCCAUCACGGCCGACGGGGAGCUCUACACCUGGGGGCGCGGAAACUACGGACGCCUGGGGCACGGCUCCAGUGAGGACCAGACCACCCCCAUGCUGGUGACAGCCCUGAAGGGACAGAAGGUGCUGGACGUGGCCUGUGGCAGUGGGGACGCACAGACCCUCUGUGUCACUGAGAAUGGCCAGGUGUGGUCAUGGGGCGACGGGGACUAUGGGAAGCUGGGCCGGGGGGGCAGCGACGGCUGCAAGACCCCCAAGCUGGUGGAGAAGCUGCAGGACCUGGACAUCAUGAAGGUGUGCUGCGGCAGCCAGUUCUCCGUGGCCCUGGCCAAAGACGGACAGGUGUAUACCUGGGGCAAAGGGGACAACCAGAGGCUGGGCCACGGCACCGACGAACACGUCCGCUACCCAAAACUGCUGGACAGUCUACAGGGUGAGAAGGUGGUGGACAUCGCGGUGGGCUCCACACACUGCCUGGCCCUCACAGAUGACGGCGAGGUGCACAGCUGGGGCAGCAACGACAAAAUGCAGCACUUUGACACGCUCUUCUCCAACAAGAAGCAGCCCAAGGCCCUGCCCGGCCUCAACUCCAAACACAUCGUGGGCAUCUCCUGUGGCCCCGGACAGAGCUUUGCCUGGUCAUCGUGCUCCGAGUGGUCGGUGGGUCUGCGUGUGCCCUUCGUGGUGGACGUGUGCCCCAUGACGUUCGAGCAGCUGGACCUGCUGCUGCGGCAGGUGAGCGAGGGCAUGGAUGGCAGCUCCGACUGGCCACCGCCACAGGAGAAGGAGUGCAUGGUGGUGGCCACCCUCAACCUGCUGCGCCUACAGCUCCACGCGGCCAUCAGUCACCAGGUGGACCCUGAGGAGCUGGGUCUGGGCCUGGGUAGUGGGCUGCUCAACAACCUGAAGCAGGCGGUGGUGACGCUGGCCAGCAACGCGGGCGUGCUCAACACGGUGCAGGCGGCUGCCCAGGCCGUGCUGCAGAGCGGCUGGUCCGUCCUGCUGCCCACCGCCGAGGAGCGGGCACGGGCGCUCUCGUCGCUGCUGCCCAGCGCAGUGUCAGGUAAUGAGAUGAGUGUGAGCCCUGGGCGGCGUUUCAUGAUCGACCUGCUGGUGAGCAGCCUGAUGGCAGACGGGGGGCUGGAGUCCGCUCUGGAUGCUGCCAUCACCGCAGAGAUCCAGGACAUCGAGGCCAAGAAGGAGGCGCAGAAGGAGAAGGAGAUCGAUGAGCAGGAGGCCAACGCCUCCAGCAUGCAGCGCUGCCGCACAGCGCUGGACAAGGACCUCAUCAACACCGGCAUCUACGAGUCCACCAGCAAGCAGAGCCUGCCCCUGGUGCAGCUGGUCCAGCAGCUCCUCAGGAACAUCGCGUCCCAGACGAUCGCGCGGCUGAAGGAGGUGGCACGGCGCAUCUCCAACUGCCAGGACACGGAGCACGUCAGCAAGGAGCGCUCGGCCUCCCUCGACCUGCUGCUGCGAUUCCAGAGGCUGCUGGUCUGCAAGCUCUACGUCCGCGUCAGCAACGGAGACGUGGGUGGAUACACCCUGUCCGAGUCUGAGAUGUUGGGUGUGGGCUCUCUGCUGAAGAAGUAUAUCGCUCUGCUCUGCACGCACAUCAGUGACAUCCUCCCCGUAGCCACCAGCAUCGCCUUCAGCAGCCACCGACACUUUUCGGAGGUGUCCCACGUCAUCGAGGGAGACCUUACAGGGGUGCUGUUGCCUGAGCUGGUGGUUUCCAUCGUGCUCCUGCUGACGCGAGACUCGGGGCUGAUGCAGGAGACGGGCUCCAUCCCGCUGCUGGCCGGCCUGCUGGAGCACCUGGACCGCUACAACCACCUGGCACCCGGACAUGAGAGGGACGACAACGAGGACUUGGCCUGGCCCGGACUCAUGGGGUCUUUCUUCCAUGGGCUGAGUUCCAGGAACAACGAGGAGGUAUCUCUGAUCCGUAAGGCCGACCUGGAGAACCACAACAAAGAUGGCGGCUUCUGGACCGUCAUCGAGGGGAAGGUGUACGAUAUCAAGGACUUCCAGGCCCAGUCUCUGACCGGGAACAGCAUUCUGGCUCAGUUUGCAGGAGAAGACCCAGUGGUGGCUCUGGAGGCUGCUCUGCAGUUUGAGGACACCAGGGAGUCUAUGCAGGCUUUCUGUGUCGGGCAGUACAUGGAGCCCAACCAGGAGAUGGUGACCACCCCUGACCUGAGCAGCCUGUCGUCCCCACUGAUCGACACGGAGAGGAACCUGGGCCUGCUGCUGGGCCUCCACGCCUCCUACCUGGCCAUGAGCACCAGCCUCUCCUCCAUGGAGGUCGAGUGCGCAAAGUGGCUCCAGUCGUCCAUCUUCUCGGGCGGGCUGCAGACCAGCCAGAUCCACUACAACUACAACGAGGAGAAGGACGAGGACCACUGCAGCUCGCCGGGUACCACCACGCCUGACAAGACCAAACUUUACUCGGGACGCAUCACGCUCAGCGACCACGCACAGCCCUUCCUGCAGGCCAUCGCCGACAACACCACCCAGGACCACACCGUCAAGGACUUCCUGUGUCAGAUCGAGCGCUGCUGUAAGCAGUGCCACCUGAUCACGCCCAUCACCUUCCCCCCAGAGCACCCCGUAGAGGAGGUGGGGCGCCUACUGCUCUGCUGCCUGCUCAAGCACCACGACCUGGGUCACGUGGCGUUGUCUCUUGUCAAUCAAUGUUCCCUGGGCGUGGACCAGGGGAAGCAGAGGUCAAUCCCCAAGUCUGUCAUCGAUGUCUGCAGCAUGGUGUACCGGGCCAAGUGCUCACUCAUCAAGACUCACCAGGAGCAGGGCCGCUCCUAUAAGGAGGUGUGCGCGCCGGUGAUCGAGCGUCUGCGUUUCCUCUUCAACGAGCUGCGGCCGGCGGUCAGCAAUGACCUGUCCAUCGUCUCCAAGCUCAAGCUUCUCAGCUCGCAGCCCCGCUGGAAGAGGAUCGCACAGAAGAUCAUACGCGACCGCCGGAAAAAGAGAGUGCCUAAGAAGUCUGAGUCGGCGGACAUGGAGGAGGUGAAGCUGGAGAUGGAGGGGACCAAUGAGGAGGAGCUGUCAGUACCCAUCAGCCCCACCCCCACCGCCGACAAGAAACACGCCACCGCCAAGUCACCCAAGCAGGACAAGUGGCAGCCGCUGCUGAGCACCGUAGCGAGCGUGGGGAAGUACCGCUGGCUGAAGCACAGCAUGCCGGGCUGCUUCUCCCAGGCCAGCCUCAUGGGCACCAUCGUGGAGUUCGCACUCAAGGAGGAGCCCCUCGACGUGGAGAAGAUCCGCAAGUGCCUCCUCAAACAGCUGGAGCGUGCGGAGGUGAGGCUGGAGGGCAUCGACACCAUGCUGAAGCUGGCCUCCAAGAGCUUCCUGCUGCCCUCCGUGCAGUACGCCAUGCUCUGCGGAUGGCAGAGGGUCAUCCCAGAAGGGACCAAUAUCGGGGAGCCCCUGGCCGACUGUCUGAAAGACGUGGACCUGAUCCCACCCUUCAACCGCAUGCUGCUGGAGGUCACCUUCGGCAAGCUGUACGCCUGGGCCAUCCACAACAUCCGCAACAUCCUGCUGGAGGCCAGCGUCAAGUUCAAGGAGCUGGGUGUGCAGCCGGUGCCACUGCAGACGAUCACCAAUGAGAACCCGGCAGGCCCCAGCCUGGGCACCAUCCCCCAGGCACGCUUCCUGCUCUCCAUGCUGCACAUGCUCACCCUCAAGCACGGCGCCAACAGCCUCAGCCUGCUGCUCAACUCGGGCAUGCUGGCCCUCACACAGAGCGUGCUCAGACUAAUCGGCCCCAGCAAUGACAGCACGGAGGAGGAUCUGUCUGCGGGACCCCACGGGGGCUCGGCCACGGUGCUGGAGGAGACCAGGAAGGAGACUGCCCCCACGCCGCUGCCCGUGUCCGGCCCAGAGCUGGCUGCCAUGAUGAAGAUCGGGACCAGGGUCAUGAGAGGACAGGACUGGAAAUGGGGAGACCAGGACGGGCCUCCGCCAGGCCUGGGCCGCGUGAUCGGGGAGCUGGGUGAGGACGGCUGGAUCCGGGUGCAGUGGGACACGGGUAGCACCAACUCCUACCGCAUGGGCAAGGAGGGCAAGUACGACCUGAAGCUGGCCGAGCCUCCGCCCGCCGCACAGCCCACCGCCGAGGACUCAGACACGGAGGACGACACCGGUCUGCAUCACCACCGCAAGGGUGACGGGGACAAUGACAGUGCCCACCCCACAGCCAUGCUGCUGACCAGCACGGUCAACCUACUGAAGACGCUGGCACUGUCGGCGGGCAUCCACGCUGAGGUCAUGCCCACCGAGGCUACUCGCACUCUCUGUGGCCUGCUACGCAUGCUGGUGGAUAGCGGCGUCAACGACAAGACCGGCUGCCCGUCUCAGCGUCUGGUGUGGCGCGAGCAGCACAGGAACUGGUGCACACUGGGCUUCAUCCGCAGCAUCGCCCUGACGCCCCAGAUGUGCUCCACCCUCAGCACCUCCGCCUGGAUCGGCCUGCUCAUCCGCAUCGUGGAGGGACACCAGUCCUUCACCGCCGUCACCCUCCAGAGACAGAUCCUGGCGCUGCGGCUGCUGCAGGCGGUGCUGCCGUCGUGGGAGAAGAUGGAGCGCUCGCAGGACAUGAAGUUCCUGGUGGAGAAGCUCUUUGGCUUCCUGGGCAGCCUCCUCAGCACCUGCUCCUCCGACCUGCCCCUCCUCAGAGAGGGCUCGUUGCGUCGCAGGAAGUCCCGCCCCCAGGCGUCUCUGACGGCCACUCACAGCAGCACGCUGGCCGAGGAGAUUGUGGCGGUGCUGCGGACCCUGCACUCCCUCGGCCAAUGGAACGCCCUCAUCAACGAGUACAUCAACUCCCAGCUCAGCGGCAUUGCAGACGUCAUGGCCGGCAGACACCCAGAAGCGAGCAUGCUGGAGGAGUACUUUCCGGAGGCGGAGGGGCCGGUGGUGGGCAGCCUGAUGGCGGUGCUGGCGGUGAUCGGGGGCAUCGAUGGGCGCCUGCGGCUGGGCGGCCAGGUGCAGCACGAGGAGUACGGCGAGGGCACGGUCACCCGCAUCACGCCCAAGGGACGCAUCACCGUGCAGUUCCACGACAUGAGGCUGUGUCGCGUCUGCCUGCUCAGCCAGCUCAAACCGCUGCCAGUGGUGGCGUUCAGCGUGAACAACCUGCCUUUCAGCCAGCCCAUGCUGUCGGUCUGGGCCCAGCUGGUCAACCUGGCCGGCAGCAAGCUGGAGAAGCAGCGCAUGAAGAAGUCACUCAGUCGAGGUCUCACAGCGGACCAAGUGGAUGUUCACCUGCUGCGUUGUCAGCAGUUGCGGCUGUACAUCCUGAAGGCGGCGCGGGCUCUACUCUCUCAUCAGGACCAGCUCAGGCAGAUCCUCUCCCAGCCUUCUGUCCUCGAGCCAGGGCCCACACCCAGUGAAGAGACUGCUCCGUCGUCCCCUGACGUUGGGGACCUGUCCCCAGAGGGUCCCCUGCCGCCCCUCAUCCUGCUACAGCAGCUGCUGGCCGCCGCCACCCAGCCCUCCCCCAUCAAAGCCAUAUUCGACAGGCAGGAACUGGAGGCAGCAGCUCUGGCCGUGUGCCAGUACCUGGCGGUGGAGUCCACGCACCCCUCGUCCCCGCUCUUCGAGGAGAGCAGCUCCAGCGAGGCCACCACGCCGGUGACGGUGACGCACGUGCGGCCGCCCAAGCAGAAGAAGCCCAAGACGUCGCCCGUGCCGCCCCUGCCCAUCGUGCUGCAGCUCAUGGAGAUGGGCUUCCAGAGGAAGAACUGCGAGUUCGCCCUCAAGUCGCUCUCGGGCACCACGGGCACCGCCUCUGGAACGCCAGGUGUGGAGGCUCUGGUGGGUUGGCUGCUGGACCACCCUGAUGUUCACAUCACUGAGGUGUCGGACGCAGACACAGUGUCAGAUGACUACUCAGACGAGGAGGUGGUGGAGGAGCUGGAGGAACCAGAGCCAGCCUUCCCUGUGCCUCCUGGGGUUGUGGUGACUGAGAGCCAAACGUUUAAGAAGAGGUCAGACUUCCAGAGUAAUGAUGACUACGCUGUGUAUGUCCGGGAAAACAUUCAGGUGGGCAUGAUGGUUAAGUGCUGCCGUACGUAUGAGGAGGUGUACGAGGGCGACGUGGGGAAGGUGAUCAAGCUGGACCGCGACGGGCUGCACGACCUCAACGUGCAGUGUGACUGGCAGCAGAAGGGAGGCACCUACUGGGUUCGCUACAUCCACACAGAGCUCCUGGGAUUUCCUCCCCAGACUUCGCCGUCACACAUCAAGAUCGGGGACAAGGUGCGAGUGAAGCCAUCGGUCACCACACCCAAGUACAAGUGGGGCUCCGUCACACACAGGAGUGUGGGUGUAGUCAAAGCCUUCAGUGCCAAUGGGAAGGAUGUGAUAGUGGAUUUCCCUCAGCAGUCCCACUGGACCGGCCUACUGUCGGAGAUGGAGCUGGUGCCUAGUGUGCACCCUGGAGUCAGGUGUGACGGUUGCCAGAUGUUCCCCAUCAACGGGCCCAGGUUCAAAUGUCGCAACUGUGACGACUUUGACUUCUGCGAGAACUGCUUCAAGACGCGCAAGCACAACAGCAGGCACUCCUUUGGCAGGAUCAACGAGCCAGGUCAGUCUCCGGCCUUCAGCGGACGCUCAGGGAAGCAGCUGAAGCGUCACCACAGUAACCAGCGGGGCAUGGUGAUCGACGAGUGGGCCCGCGUGGUCAAGACGCUCAACGUCUCGUCCUCCUUCAACCAGGCCUCGCGCCUCAUCGACAGCAGCGAGCAGUGCUGGCAGUCCUCUGGCUCGCAGGGCAAGCACUGGAUCCGGCUGGAGCUGUUCCCAGACGUGCUGGUGCACCGACUGAAGAUGGUGGUGGACCCUGCAGACAGCAGCUACAUGCCCUCUCUCGUGGUGGUCUCUGGUGGAAGCUCCCUCAACAACCUGAUUGAGCUCAAGACCAUCAACAUCAACUCGUCCGACACCACCGUCUCACUACUGAACGAAUGCACUGAGUUCCACCGCUACAUAGAGAUAGCCAUAAAGCAGUGCCGCAGCUCGGGUAUCGAUUGUAAGAUCCACGGCCUGGCCAUCGUGGGCCGCAUUCGGGCCGAAGACGAGGACCUGGCCACCGUGCCCUUCCUGGCCUCCGACAAUGAGGAGGAGGACGAGGACAAGACAGCCACUGGGAGUCUGGCGAGGAAAAGGUCCUCAGGCCUGGAGUCUGCUGCCACCAUCCGCACCAAAGUGUUCGUGUGGGGCCUCAACGACAAGGACCAGCUUGGCGGACUCAAAGGCUCAAAGAUCAAAGUGCCGUCUUUCUCCGAGACGCUCUCCGCUCUCAAUGUGGUGCAGGUGGCUGGGGGCUCCAAGAGCCUAUUUGCUGUGACGGCGGAGGGCAAGGUCUACGCGUGUGGAGAGGCCACCAACGGCAGGCUAGGUCUGGGCCUGUCCAGUGGCACCAUCCCCAUCCCCCGUCAGAUCACCGCGCUCAGCAACUACGUGGUCAAGAAGGUGGCUGUGCACUCCGGUGGGCGUCAUGCCAUGGCCUUGACGGUGGACGGGAAAGUGUUCUCCUGGGGGGAAGGAGACGAUGGCAAACUGGGCCACUUCAGUAGAAUGAACUGUGACAAGCCUCGUCUGAUCGAGGCGCUGAAGACCAAGCGUAUCCGGGACAUCGCCUGCGGCAGCUCCCACAGUGCGGCCAUCACCUCCAGCGGGGAGCUGUACAGCUGGGGCCUGGGGGAGUACGGACGCCUGGGCCACGGGGACAACACCACACAGCUACGCCCCAAACUGGUGAAGGUGCUACUGGGCCAUCGUGUUGUGCAGGUGGCGUGUGGCAGCCGGGAUGCUCAGACACUGGCCCUCACCGAUGAAGGCCUGGUGUUCUCCUGGGGUGACGGUGACUUUGGGAAGCUGGGCAGGGGGGGUAGCGAGGGCUGCAACAUCCCCCAGAACAUCGAGAGGCUCAACGGGCAGGGAGUGUGCCAGAUAGAGUGCGGCGCACAGUUCUCCCUCGCUCUGACCAAGUCAGGAGUCGUCUGGACAUGGGGUAAGGGAGACUACUUCAGGCUGGGCCACGGUACUGACGUCCACGUGCGGAAGCCCCAGAUGGUGGAGGGCCUGAGGGGGAAGAAGAUCGUCCACGUGGCUGUGGGAGCACUACACUGCCUGGCAGUCACAGAAACCGGACAGGUGUUUGCGUGGGGGGACAACGACCACGGUCAGCAGGGCAACGGUACCACCACGGUGAACCGCAAGCCAACACUGGUGCAGGGCCUGGAGGGCCAGAAGAUCACGCGCGUGGCCUGCGGCUCCUCACAUAGCGUGGCCUGGACCACCGUGGAUGUCACCACGCCCUCCGUGCACGAGCCCGUGCUCUUCCAGACGGCCAGAGACUCUCUGGGGGCCUCCUACCUGGGCGUGCCAUCAGACAGUGACCCGUCGGGUGCCAGCAACAAGCUGAGUGGCCAGGGCAGUGCGAAGACCAACCGUCCAUCUCUGGCCAAGAUCCUGCUCUCCCUGGACGGAAACCUGGCCAAGCAGCAGGCCCUCACUCACGUGCUGUCCGCCCUGCAGAUCAUUUAUGCCAGGGAUGCGGUGGUGGGUGCUCUGAUGCCCGCCUCCAUGAUGCCAGUGGAGUGCCCGUCCAGUUCCCCCGUGCCCCCCUCCGACAUUUCGUCGGCCUCCAGCCCGUCCGAGGCUGAGGGGCCCCCCCUGCCCCCCGAGGCGGAGGAGCGUGUCAGCCCCAACCCCUGGACACAGGACAAGAGGACAGAGGUGACUACUUCUGAGGAUGCUGUCACGCCCUCCUCUGCGGUGACCCCGUCCUCUGCUGCGGCCGCCUCCUGCCGUCCCUUCAUCCCCGUCACCGAUGACCCUGGGGCGGCCAGCAUCAUUGCUGAGACCAUGACUAAAACCAAAGAGGAUUCUGAGAGCCAAAGUAAAGUGGUGGGUCCGGAGCCCCAGUACCUGGAUGAGUUCACCAGUCUGCUGGUGCCGGAUGACACGCGGGUGCUGGUGGACCUGCUGAAGCUGGCGGUGUCGGUGAGGGCCGGGGACAAGGGCCGAGAGGUGCUGUCAGCUGUGCUGUCGGGCAUGGGCACCGCCUACCCACAGGUGGCGGACAUGCUUCUGGAGCUGUGUGUGACGGAGCUGGAGGACGUGGCUACUGACUCCCAGAGCGGCCGUCUGUCAUCACAGCCGGUAGUGGUGGAGAGCAGCCAUCCCUACACCGAUGACACCUCUACUAGUGGCACUGUCAAGAUCCCAGGUGCUGAGGGUCUGAGGGUGGAGUUUGACAGGCAGUGCUCCACCGAGAGACGACACGACCCCCUGACCAUCAUGGACGGAGCCAAUAGGAUCGUCUCUGUUCGAUCAGGACGCGAGUGGUCAGACUGGUCGAGCGAGCUGCGUAUCCCUGGAGACGAGCUCAAGUGGAAGUUCACCAGCGAUGGCUCGGUCAAUGGCUGGGGCUGGCGCUUCACGGUCUACCCCAUCAUGCCUGCAGCAGGUCCCAAGGACCUGCUGUCAGACCGCUGCAUCCUGUCCUGCCCUUCCAUGGACCUGGUCACCUGCCUGCUGGACUUCCGCCUCAACUUCACCUCCAACCGCAGCAUCGUGCCGCGCCUGGCCGCCUCCCUGGCCGCCUGUGCCCAGCUCAGUGCCCUGGCCGCUGGCCACAGGAUGUGGGCUCUGCAGAGGCUCCGCAAGCUGCUGACCACGGAGUACGGCCAGUCCAUCAACAUCAACAGACUACUGGGGGACAGCGAGGGAGAGGCACGGCCCAUGAGUUUUACGGGCAGUGCUCUUGCCGCCCUGGUGAAGGGCCUUCCCGAAGCGCUGCAGAGGCAGUACGAGUAUGAGGACCCCGUCGUCAGAGGAGGGAAACAGUUGCUCCACAGCCCCUUCUUCAAGGUGCUGGUGGCCCUGGCGUGUGAUCUGGAGUUGGACACGUUGCCGUGCUGUGCUGAGACCCAUAAGUGGGCCUGGUUCCGCCGCUACUGCACAGCCUCCCGAGUGGCCGUGGCCCUGGACAAGAGGACCCCUCUGCCCCGAGCCUUCCUGGAGGAGGUGGCCAAGAAGAUCCGUGAGCUGAUGGCGGACCAUGAGAGCAUGAACAGCCUGCAUGAGAGCCACGACAUGUUCAAGAGGGAGCAGGACGAGCAGCUGGUGCAGUGGAUGAACAGGCGGCCAGAUGACUGGACGCUCUCGGCGGGGGGCAGUGGCACCAUCUACGGCUGGGGCCACAACCACCGCGGGCAGCUGGGGGGCAUCGAGGGGGCGAAGGUGAAGGUGCCCACCCCAACGGAGGCGCUGGCCACCUUGCGGCCCGUGCAGCUCAUCGGGGGCGAGCAGACGCUCUUCGCAGUCACCGCCGACGGCAAGCUGUAUGCUACAGGCUAUGGUGCGGGGGGCCGCCUGGGUAUCGGGGGCACGGAGUCGGUCUCCACGCCCACGCUGCUGGAGUCCAUCCAGCACGUCUUCAUCCGCAAGGUGGCGGUCAACUCGGGGGGCAAGCACUGCCUGGCGCUCUCCUCCGAGGGGGAGGUGUACUCCUGGGGGGAGGCGGAGGACGGCAAGCUGGGCCACGGCAACAGGAGUCCGUGUGAUCGUCCGCGUGUGAUCGAGUCUCUGCGGGGGGUGGAGGUGGUGGACAUCGCGGCCGGAGGGGCCCACAGUGCCUGCAUCACGGCCAGCGGAGAGCUCUACACCUGGGGCAAGGGCCGCUACGGACGCCUGGGCCACGGAGACAGCGAGGACCAGCUCAAACCAAAACUGGUGGACGCUCUACAAGGCCACCGUGUGAUAGACGUGGCGUGUGGCAGUGGGGACGCCCAGACGCUGUGCCUGACGGACGAUGACAUGGUGUGGUCCUGGGGGGACGGGGACUAUGGCAAACUGGGACGUGGUGGCAGCGACGGCUGCAAAGUGCCCAUGAAGAUUGAUUCUCUGACGGGGCUGGGAGUGACUAAGGUGGAGUGUGGUUCUCAGUUCUCGGUGGCUCUCACCAAGUCUGGAGCCGUCUACACCUGGGGUAAAGGGGACUACCACCGGCUGGGUCACGGCUCAGAUGACCACGUGCGGCGGCCACGCCAGGUGCAGGGCCUACAGGGCAGGAAGGUCAUUGCCAUAGCGACGGGCUCCCUGCACUGCGUCUGCUGCACGGAGGAAGGAGAGGUGUACACGUGGGGGGACAAUGACGAGGGCCAACUGGGUGACGGGACCACUAACGCCAUCCAGAGGCCGCGGCUGGUGGCUGCGCUGCAGGGCAAGAAGAUCAACCGUGUGGCCUGUGGCUCCGCACACACCCUGGCCUGGUCCACCAGCAAGCCCACCAACGCCGGGAAACUACCUGCACAGAUCCCCAUGGAAUACAACCACCUGAAUGAGAUCUGCAUCCUCGGCCUGCGUAACCGUCUGCUGCUGCUGCACCACAUCUCGGAGCUCUUCUGCCCCUGCAUCCCCAUGUUCGACCUGGAGGGACGCCUGGGGCAGACGGGACACGGCCCCUCCGUCGGCUUCGACACGCUCCGCGGCAUCCUCAUCUCGCAGGGCAAGGAGGCAGCGUUCCGGAAGGUGGUUCAAGCAACGAUGGUACGAGACCGACAGCACGGACCAGUGGUGGAACUCAACAGAAUACAGGUCAAGCGCUCUCGCAGUAAGGGUGGUCUGGCGGGUCCAGACGGUACCAAGUCUGUGUUUGGCCAGAUGUGUGCCAAGAUGAGCUCCUUCAGCCCUGACAGCCUGCUGCUGCCGCACCGCGUCUGGAAGGUCAAGUUCGUAGGUGAGUCUGUGGAUGACUGUGGCGGUGGCUACAGUGAGUCCAUAGCAGAGAUGUGUGAGGAGCUCCAGAACGGCUUGACGCCGCUGCUCAUCGUGACGCCCAACGGCAGAGACGAGUCCGGCGCCAACAGAGACUGCUUCCUCCUCAACCCCGCUGCCAAGUCGCCCCUGCACAUCAACAUGUUUCGCUUCCUGGGCGUGCUGCUUGGGAUUGCCAUCCGCACAGGCAGUCCCCUGAGUCUCUACCUGGCAGAGCCCGUAUGGAAGCAGCUGGCUGGCAUGAACCUGACCAUCGCUGACCUCAGCGAGGUGGAUAAGGACUUCAUCCCGGGCCUGAUGUAUAUCCGUGAUAACGAGGCGACGGCGGAGGAGUUUGAGGCCAUCCCGCUGCCCUUCACGGUCCCCAACGCCUGCGGCCAGGAGGUGCAGCUCAGCUCCAAGCACUCGCACAUUAGCCUGGAGAACCGCGCAGAGUAUGUGCGCCUGGCCAUCAACUACAGGCUGCAUGAGUUUGAUGAGCAGGUGGCUGCUGUGAGGGAGGGCAUGGCCCGCGUGGUCCCCGUGCCCCUCCUCUCGCUCUUCACCGGCUACGAGUUGGAGACCAUGGUGUGUGGAAGCCCAGACAUCCCUCUGCACCUGCUGAAGUCGGUGGCCACGUAUAAGGGCGUGGAGCCCACGGCGCCCCUGAUCCAGUGGUUCUGGGAGGUCAUGGAGUCCUUCUCCAACACUGAGCGCUCGCUCUUCCUGCGCUUCGUCUGGGGCCGCACGCGCCUGCCCAGGACCAUCGCCGACUUCCGCGGACGGGACUUUGUCGUGCAGGUGCUGGACAAGUACAACCCUCCGGACCACUUCCUGCCCGAGUCCUACACCUGCUUCUUCCUGCUCAAGCUGCCGCGCUACUCCUGCAAGCAGGUGUUGGAGGAGAAGCUCAAGUACGCCAUCCACUUCUGCAAGUCCAUCGACACCGACGACUACGCGCGCAUCGCCCUGACCGGCGAGCCCGCUGCCGACGACAGCAGCGAAGAUUCCGACAACGAAGACGCCGACUCGUUCGCCUCGGACUCCACGCAGGACUACCUGACGGGCCACUGAAGCGGACGCUUAGGCAUUAAACGGGCCACUGAUGCUGACGCUCAUAAAAGGGGCCCUUUUCCUUAAUGCAGUGAUGGACCGCUUGAAUUCAGAAGCUACAAUCCAUUGCCACACAUUCCAAACGAAUGGCAAUGAUUUUACCUGUCCGGUCAUUUGGAAUAUGUGGCACUGGAUUGUAGCUUCGGAAUACAGGUUGCCCAUCACUGCUUUAAUGUAUCGUUGAAAAAAAAUAUGUGCAAUUAGCUUUAAAAAAAAGCACCGUAAGCUGGAGAGGAGACGUUUUAGGAAGAGGAUAAACAAAUAAAUACAUAAUGUAAAACACAAGCAUAUAGAUUUUUUUUUUAUUAUUGUUAAGUGUGUAGGAACAGGACACGAAAGGAGAGGAGAGGCAAAAAAAAAAUCGGCUGCACAUGUGAUUUUCAUGUUCAUGACUGUUCCUGCAGUCAUUCAAAAACAAAGGGCCUGGACGGGUGGCCUAGCACUGUGUGUGUGUGUGUGAGUGUGAGCGUGAGAAAUGAUGUAUGUGGACCGUAUUGUUCAACAAAAAGACGAGAGUAUUAUUACAGUGUUUUAUGUUUCCUCUCCUUCACAUUUUUUUCAAUAGCAUUGUUUCUUUAUAAGAACCUUUUUUUAAGAAAACAAAAAGAUAUGAAGGUUUCGCCGUUUCUUGAGUCGACUUGAUCCGAAACCCAGAGGUGGGCUUUGGCUUCUGGUUUCAUUUUUAGGUUGUCUAUCACUGUCUAUCCUGCCUCUCCCGUUGGUCUAAGACAAGGGUGUAUGCACUGUUGUCCAUUAUGGAAUGUACAUAAAAAAAAUAUGAUUGUGCCAUGCCUUCAUUAAAUGUCUAAUUCACAUGUAAUAAUAAAUGUUAAUAAAUUCAUUUCUGUUAAUAAAUUUAAACCAAAUAUAAUUUAA